AUGCCGAGCCACAAGUCGUUCCGCACCAAGGUCAAGCUGGCCAAGGCCCAGAAGCAGAACCGUCCCAUUCCCCAAUGGGUUCGUCUCAGGACCGGUAACACCAUCCGCUACAACGCCAAGCGAAGGCACUGGCGCAAGACCAAGCUCGGCAUCUAA